UGACCGGGCUCCUGGCACAUACACAUGCUGCUCCCAGCGUCGGCACCUUGCAAACACAGCAGUCACCUUCCAACCUCUGCGACUCUCCCCCUCUCUCUCUCUCUCUCUCUCUUGCUCGGUCCUCGCCUCUCACUCGCGGUUCUUUUUGCAGGACGGAAGGUCACCGUUUCGCCAGUAAAGCAACCGGGAGUUUUUUUUUUCCUGCGCUGAGAAAUCGGGACGUUUUUUUUGCUUUCGCUUUUGCGUCCGCGACCCGCCGCCAGAGACCCCGGUGCUCUGCGAGAGACGCCUAACCGAGCCGAAGAGGUGCUGCCGUGCGUUCCCGGUGAUGAGGUUGGUGGUGUUCAACCGACACAGCAUCGAAGGACUCCCGCUGUGUGUGAAGAAACCGCCCCAGUGAGGGACAGGAGCAGCGGGCGGGGUUGUGGGAGAGCUGCUGUCUGCUGGGACGCUAUCAUUUCCACUAGAAUGCAUCUCUUCAGUGCCAUGUUCCUGCUUGUCAUGUUGGCUGUCAGUCCCUGUGAGGCUCUGUACCCGAGCCCAGAGGAGGGCUGGCAGAUCUACAGCUCGGCGCAGGACGCAGAUGGGAAGUGCAUCUGUACCGUGGUCGCACCGGCCCAGAACAUGUGUAACCGAGACCCACGCAGCAGGCAACUUCGCCAGCUCAUGGAGAAGGUUCAGAACAUUAGCCAGUCAAUGGAGGUGCUGGACCUGCGGACGUACAGAGAUCUACAAUAUGUGAGGAACACAGAGAGCCUAAUGAAAGAGGUGGAUGGGAAGCUGAAGGUGGCCUCUGAAAGUCCCCGCAGCCUCAAUCCAAAGGGCUUUCAGGAGUUAAAAGACAAGGUGACCCAGCUGCUCCCCUUGCUGCCAGUGCUGGAACAGUACAAGACGGAUGCAAAGAUGAUCCUGCGUCUUCGGGAGGAGGUUAGGAAUCUGUCCUUGGUGCUGAUGGCCAUCCAAGAAGAGAUGGGGGCCUACGACUACGAGGAGCUGCGCCAGAGAGUCCUGCUGCUGGAGACCAGGCUCCACUCCUGCAUGCAGAAACUAGGCUGUGGCAAAUUGACUGGCGUCAGUAAUCCCAUCACAGUGCGUGCGUCAGGGUCACGGUUCGGCUCGUGGAUGACCGAUACCAUGAUCCCCAGCUCAGACAACAGAGUGUGGUCAAUGGACGGUUACUUCAAGGGACGGCGUGUCCUGGAAUACCGGACGAUGAAUGAUUUCAUGAAGGGCCAGAACUUUGUGCAACACUUGUUGCCUCACCCCUGGGCAGGCACCGGUCAUGUGGUCUACAACGGCUCACUGUACUACAACAAGUACCAGAGCAACAUCAUCAUCAAGUACCACUUCCGUUCUCGGAGUGUGCUGGUGCAGCGCAGCCUGAGUGGCGCAGGCUACAACAACACCUUCCCCUACUCCUGGGGUGGCUCCUCUGAUAUCGACCUGAUGGCGGAUGAGAAUGGUCUGUGGGCCGUUUACACCACCAUCCCCAACGCUGGGAACAUUGUCAUCAGCCGCCUGGAGCCCCAAAGUCUGGAAGUGCAGCAGACUUGGGACACGGGCUUCCCCAAGCGUAGUGCUGGAGAGUCCUUCAUGAUCUGUGGUACACUUUAUGUCACCAACUCCCACCUGGCCGGUGCCAAGAUCUACUUUGCCUACUACACCAACACGUCAAGCUACGAGUACACAGACAUCCCUUUCCACAAUCAAUACUCCCACAUCUCCAUGAUGGACUACAACCCCAGGGAGAGGGUCCUGUAUACCUGGAACAACGGACACCAGGUGCUCUACAAUGUCACACUGUUCCAGGUGAUUAAGACUUCUGGGGACUGAGAACCCUCAGAAGAACCCACUCAAAUAAUGCUGUGAUUCUUGUUCGGGCAGUGGAAAGUGAGCUGGGUGGAGGCGGGCAGGUGGUGUGGGUUGGGAGCGUCAGUGUAAGGGCAUAGGCUUGUAUUUUAUUAUUUUUUUUAAGAAUUUCCAUCUCCAUAGAGUGCUAUUAUUCACAUUCUCAAAAAACACUGGUAGCAAGGUCGGUAAACAAACAAAGACUGAGCGCUUCUCUUAUUUUUUUUUCUGUGAUGAGUAAGCAUGGUUCUUUUUAUUUGUGAUGAUAAAUAAAUAUCAAUCUUUACCAUUUACGAGUUUGUAUUUCAUUGUCAAUUUAAUCUCAAGUAGAGCCCCCCUGUUUCUUGCAGGGGUGGAGAAUAAAGAAACCUGGAUGUGUGUA